CACUGCGCAAUCUAGAAGCAAAACCGUGUGCUCCACCGCCGUACAGUGUUUCGUAAGAACCUUCCCUCGCGUACCGGGUUCAAAUUCAGCGCAGAAAGUGAAACAAUUCCAACACGUUUGUUGAUGUAGCGAACAUUUCCUUUUUUUCCAUUGCAUACGAUUAUGCGCCUCGGACAUUUGGGAAAAAUCGGAAUCGGCUGGGGCAUCAUCAGUGUGCUAGGCAUUGGAGCGUUCGUCGCAUCGAAAAAUUCGGUCGACAAGAAUCGCUACGAGAAUAUGAAAAUUCGCGAACGAAUGCGCCAAUCGAACGUGGGUCAAUACGAAGUCAAGGAAGCGCGACGGUUCGACGCAUAAGGGAAACAACCGAAACACCCAGGAGCCUACCCCGCUUGAAAGAGGCAGCAAACGCAAUAUCAAUCGACAAUUUUGGAUAA